UCCCAGGACAAGCUCCUUGGCUCCCAGGGACCUCAGCUGUACACAGGGUUCUGCUAACUCUUCUUUGAGCCUGCUGCCUGCGGAAGGCCCUGGAACACAGAGACCAGCUGCUUUCAAUUGCCAUUCCCUAAAGGAGAAGAAGAAAGAAACAAACAGACCCCAGAAUCUGGAAGCAAGGAGGAGUGGUGUUUGCGGAUCCUCACAUAGUAGGCGUUGCCUGGCCCCUGGCUCUAGGAAACUUGGCCACGCACAACAACUGCCAUGCCGGCUCGCUAGCCCAGCUCCUACAAUGAAUGAUGGGAACAGCAGUCCUUCCGUGGGCUGGAAGCACUGGCCAGUCCUUUCUGCCCACGAGGACCUGUGGGGUAUGGACCCACAAGCUAGGAAUGUCAUUGAGCUCUCAGGUCCACAAAGUACCCUGUCCUUUACUGCUGACAGGGGCAAAGGGGCAAUCCAGAGGAGAGGAACUUUUACCCAAGAGGUACUCACGAAGAACUAUGAAGAAGAAAUCGGUACCACAGUACUGGCCACACGGGCACAACUCUUCAGAUAUUUUCCGACCAUCCAGAUCAGCCAGAGUUGCCUGGCACCACCUGCUGCUGUGCCCCUCAAGGCAUUUGUUUGGGUUAACAGUGCAUCAGCACAUUCCCAGAACGUGGCCAAGGCAAAGUACGAAUUUCUGUUCGGGAAGUCAGAAGAGAAAACUCCAGAUACUAGGUCUCACCACAGUCCAGGCGAUGUUUGUACUCACAAAACUCCUGUUUCAAGCAGUGAUCAUGGAGGAAGCACUUUACUCCCACCGACUGUCACAAAUGAAUUUCCAGAAUAUGGGACCAUGGAAGAAGGAGGAGAAGACCUAAGAGCCUCUCUUGAUUUUGAUGCCAAGUCUCUGCCAUGCCACCUCCCAGGGCAGCAAGCAGUCCACCUUCUUGCUGGACAAGACUCUGCACUCAACAGUGUUACAGAAGGACCAAAUGGCGCCCCUCACUGUCACCCUCAGGAACAAAGUUUACAACCCAUUGACUCUUUAAUUUCUGCUCUGAAAGCUACAGAAGCCAGGAUAGCUUCAGGAACAUUUCAGGCUACAAAGGUACUGGAUAAAGAUGAUAAUUUUUCGGUUCAACAGGUGGACAAAGAGCUGAGUACUGCCAGUCAUAAGCCAGAGAGAGCCCAUAGGACGUUUCCUGCCAGCCCAGAACAAUCGCCAGAUAUACCUCUUUCAGUGGAAGUACCAACAGAAGAAAAUUUCUCUUUGCACAUCCAGGAGGAUCUGUCUGCACUCUUACCUGAAGAAGCCCAGACACAACGGUCCCAAAUAACUAAUUACAGGAGGCAAGGGCCUCUCCGUGUUCAGGAGCCAGCAAGUCCUGUGUCAUUGAGUUCAGCAGGGAGCCAUAACCCUGUGGACAGAGUGGGUGUUUUGAAAGCUCAGAGGUCUGACUUUGAGAGAGUGCAUCCUAGGGCAUGUGAUCGGGGUGGCUUCAUGGGGCGCCAAGGCAGGAUCAAACAUGUAGAGUUUCAAGGAGUGGAGACAAAGUGCACAGGAGAGAAGGUGGAGACCCAGCAUCCUGUAGGCUUUGAGACAUCACCAGAAAGGACAGCCUCUUAUGUGAGCAAAGAGUUUGCCAAAGGGACAAGCCGUUAUCGAUCAGCUGCUGGUGUGUGCAGUAAUUCCGUUCAUUUAACUGGGAGUGUUUGGGAUGAAACCUGGAAAGCUCCUUCAGCAAGGCCUGGCACAAGCUUAGGGACCUUGUUCCCUACACCUCUUGGUGGGAGUGGAGAGGAUGAAGUCUUCCUGAGAGAAAGCAAAGAACACCUAGAGGGGAGCCUUGAUACUCAGGCAGAUAAAGAAAGGUUUCUCGAACAAGAGGAGCACCUCAGGGGAGGAGAUGAUGAUAUUCUUGAGCCUGGAUACACAGAGGACUCCACUGAUGUGUACAGCAGCCAAUUUGAAACCAUUUUGGACAACACUUCCUUAUACUACAGUGCAGAGUCAUUAGAAACGCUGUACUCAGAACCUGAUAGCUAUUUUAGCUUUGAAAUGCCGCUAACUCCGAUGAUACAGCAGCGCAUUAAAGAAAGCGGCCAGUUCUUGGAGAGGACCUCUCUGGAAGGACAUCAGGAUGUCCUGAGUGUGUCAGCAGAUGGCGGGAUAGUGAUGGGCUAUUCUGCGGGGAUCACCAAUGGACUGCAUGAUUCUGCCAACUCUGUCUACACUAAAGACCCUCAAGAGAUUGCCUUCUGGGGAAGUGCUGGCCAUAGCCAUGCUGAGGUGAAAACAACACGACUAGAUGCUCAUUGUGACAUGGGGAGCACUGAAAUUUUGGAAAAGGAGGCCACGGAGAGUCUCCGCAAUGGCACUAACAGCAACGUGGAAGCGGCUAAGCGACUGGCCAAACGCUUGUAUCAUCUAGACAGAUUCAAGAGAUCGGACGUUGCAAAGCAUCUAGGCAAAAACAAUGAAUUUAGCAAACUAGUUGCAGAAGAGUAUCUGAAGUUUUUUGAUUUCACAGGGAUGACGCUGGAUCAGUCUCUCAGGUAUUUUUUUAAAGCAUUUUCUCUUGUGGGAGAAACCCAGGAGCGUGAAAGAGUAUUAAUACAUUUCUCCAAUAGAUAUUUUUAUUGUAAUCCAGACACUAUCACCUCACAAGAUGGAGUUCAUUGCCUCACCUGUGCUAUGAUGCUGCUCAACACAGAUCUGCAUGGCCAUAAUAUUGGAAAGAAGAUGACCUGCCAAGAGUUUAUUACAAAUCUCCAAGGAGUAAAUGAAGGUGUGGAUUUCUCCAAGGAUCUUCUGAAAGCUCUGUACAACUCGAUCAAGAAUGAGAAGCUUGAAUGGGCAGUAGAUGAUGAAGAGAAAAAAAAAUCUCCCUCAGAAGGUACUGAUGAGAAGGCCAAUGGAACACACCCAAAGACCAUCAGUCGUAUUGGGAGUACAACUAACCCAUUUUUGGACAUUCCUCAUGACCCAAAUGCUGCUGUAUACAAAAGUGGGUUUUUGGCCCGCAAAAUCCACGCAGAUAUGGAUGGAAAGAAGACUCCAAGAGGAAAGCGAGGAUGGAAAACCUUCUAUGCUGUCUUGAAGGGAACAGUUCUUUACUUACAAAAGGAUGAAUAUAAGCCAGAGAAGGCUUUGUCUGAAGAGGACUUGAAAAAUGCAGUGAGUGUACACCAUGCUCUAGCAUCCAAGGCCACCGACUACGAGAAGAAGCCCAAUGUGUUUAAACUCAAGACUGCAGACUGGAGGGUCUUGCUUUUCCAAACCCAGAGUCCUGAGGAAAUGCAAGGGUGGAUAAGCAAAAUUAACUGUGUUGCAGCUGUGUUUUCUGCACCACCGUUCCCAGCAGCCAUUGGCUCUCAGAAGAAGUUUAGCCGCCCACUUCUGCCAGCCACCACAACAAAAUUAUCCCAGGAGGAACAGCUGAAAUCCCAUGAAAGCAAGCUGAAGCAGAUCACUACCGAGCUGGCUGAGCACCGCUCAUAUCCCCCAGACAAGAAGGUCAAAGCCAAGGAUAUCGAUGAAUACAAGCUCAAAGAUCACUAUCUGGAGUUUGAGAAAACCCGUUAUGAAAUUUAUGUCAGCAUUCUGAAAGAAGGAGGCAAGGAGCUCCUGAGCACCGAGGGAAACGAGGCAACGGGACUAAAGAAGUCACACUCGAGUCCCUCCCUGAACCCAGACACAUCUCCCGUCACUGCCAAGGUCAAGCGCAACGUGUCAGAGAGAAAGGACCACCGACCUGAAACACCGGGCAUUAAGCAAAAAGUCACUUAGAAUCUGACUGUGGCCAGGAAGUACUGGUCAUGGAGCAAAAUAGGGUUUUUCAAGAUCUUUCUGGUAAUCGGUGAAUAUAUUUAAAAAAUAGUCUGUGACUAAAAUGGUGCAUUAGUAACUUUUUACAUUGUAUAUUUUUGUUAGUUUCUGUACAGGUGUCUUUACUCUUGAGUUCCUUGCUUUGAUGAUUUGGGCAACUCUAUAACUAAUGCACCUUUUGUGAGGAGCAGAGGAGGACAGAUCCUUUCUCCUUCAGCUUUCUCUUAUUUGCACUUCUGCACAGUUAUUUUAUGUUUUCCGAUCAACUGUUGUACUUUCUUUUUUUUUUAGGUUUAAGUUUUUAAUCCAUUGUGAAACACAUAACUGGACAAGCAUUGUGCUGUAGUAGAUCCUAGACUUUACAUGUGACAUUCUGCCCAGUCACGGAGGUGACAUUGAAGGCUCGUAAAUACUCAAGUAAGAACGGCAGUGCUGGGAGUCAAGGUGUCCUGGAGUGGUGCUCUUCUGCAUUCAUCCUGGCACCUGCUGUUGGUGCAGGACACAGAGAAAAGGGAGCACGAAGAUGACAGGACUGGAGACCUUAGGGAGGCACAGGAGUUUGCCUCAGGCCUGGGCUCCAUUCCAGCCAUGCUAGGGAAAACAGAUGUGGAGUCGUCAUGCCUGAAGGGAGGCUGAGGAUGGAUUGAUACCGGGCUACUUUUGUUUUCUAAAGGCUGGUGACAGUAAUCAGCUCUUCAGGAGCUGCAGCAGUCAUGUGUAUGGUCUUCUAGAGGAAUGUUAUCUCACUCCCAUUGGGUCUAGACUAGGAAUCAGAAUCAUCUCUGUCAUUGAUAGCCUUCCUUCCAGGAAUAGAUUCAUUUUUAUAUGGAUGUGCAAACAUAGAACAUGUCCUGGUUGAAAGAAAGCAAUGUUGAAAAUGGAUCCCUCCCCACCCCCACUUUUUCUUUCCUAUAUCAAGACAAAUAAAGGAGCAAACACAACUUCAGUUCUUCAACAAGGGUCAGUGACCCUUCAGACUGAAUCUGAAGUCAGUCUGAUCAUAGUGACUGAAGAUGGAGGAAUCUGAUGAGUUGUAUGCAGUUUCUUAGCUUAUUCUCAUUUCCAUCUCUGUGGCCAUCUUACUAUGUCACUGUUACGAUUGCUCCUGAAAUUAUUUGCAUGUUUUACCUUAUUUUUCCAUGUAUCCAAAAUGGUUUCACCUUACAGUCAAAACAGUCCCUUUAAAAUUUAAGGUAAUAUGUAGAAUAUUGUCUGUAGAGGAAGAGAAAUGACUCAAACUCUCUGGUUUCCAACCUUGAGACUGUAUUCUCUACAAUUACUGUCUUCCCAACAGCAUAUCUUCAAAACUAACAGGGUAACAUUUGACUAGUCCUUAUCCUCCUUAAACAUGUUCUCUGUUUCUGCUUGGUUAGUUGGAGGUACUAUGACCAGAGAAUCAGCUGCUCUUGCAUGAAUAGCAUGAUUCCAGUAAGUUAGAGAAAGCCUGUUCAAAAAUUCUGGUAGUUCAUAGAGACAUAUCAUUAGGAUAUGCUAACAUUUAGUUACAGGAUUAUGUAUUAGCCUGUACCUUUCACCUCUUUACAUGCCCAUCUUGCUUGUGUCCAGAAACAGUAACUCCUCUUCAAGACUGUAGCUGCUUGCUUCGUGGUAUUUUGCCACACUAUUGAAAAAGUUCCUUAAACGUCUAUUGAAAAAGUUCCUUAAACUUCUAUCUCGUUUAGGUAAAGGCAAUGACUUAAUUUAUAUUUCAGAACCAUGAUGCAAAUAUGGUAGUUAACAUUGUGGUUCCAUAUAUCUGAUCUAUUUCAUAGCUUCUUACUGAACCCAAUAUUUCCAGAGCAACUUGCCUUUCUUCUAGAAGGUGAAGUAUCACUGUCUGCUUUUUGCCUGUGUAUAUGUAAUCCCUGACGGGAAAGGUACCAAGACUUUUGAGUCUUGAGCAUCAUCUUUGAGCAUCAGUAGCUGAAGAACACUUAAUAUGUUGAAAUGUGUUUGUCUACAGUGUCUGUCUAUAUGUAUAGGAUGUUUGUGUGUACUUACCUAGAGUAUCUAAUAUACAUUGAAUGGUACCUUACUGCAGAGUUUCUGAGGUGGACAAUAGUCUGGGAAUAGGCUUAGCAUCAGCUCAGCCACUGUUCCUAUUGUAGGACUCACUAGUGUUGGCUCCAGGACUUCUGGGCAUACUUAUAGAUAAUCAGAUGAAGAAGGCACUUUUGAAGUGUGGACUAUGUCUGCAUCAUUAUCUAGAAAAAUAGCUGUAGCAUUCUUUUGUGAGUCAGAAUCCCAGCCUGCCCUAGUGUGAUGCUGUCCCCCUGUGGGGGACAGGCUAAAAAUGUGUCUUCCCUGAGGCCUCUGGAAGGAUGCUGCACUCUUUCAUCUAAUGGGACUCUGAGAGUCUGGUCCAUAGCUAACUCCCACAUCCCCCACAGUAUUGAGUCAUAAGAAAUGGAAGGUGGUCCUUUGUGCAGCUACUCUAAGCCUGUUGCCCAGUGCAUGGUGCAGGGAGCUCUCCCCCUCCUCUUCCUUCUCCUCCUUGUCCUUUUCCCUCCUCCCUCCUCUUCCUCUUCCUUUUCAUGGUACUUCAUCCUAUCCCACCUAUACCUGCUUUUACCCUACCUCAGUGCCCUGGAGCCUUAGAGUUCCUCUCUAUAUGAUAAAGCAUUAUCUACUUCACAUUAAUACCCUAAAUUAUGAUUUUUACUAUUGAAAAUAUCAGCAAGUCAUCAAAAGACUUUGAUGAUAGUCUUGUUGCAAAACUGACCAUAGAAGUACCCCUUGUAUAAAAUCUGUUUGUAGUUUAGGGUUCACCCCUACCUCACAUGCUGGCUGCUAAAAAAUGUUUACCAGUAAACUAAUUUAAACACUAAAAUCUAGUUACUUCCACUCAGAAUUCUUAUUCAGAUUUCUUAUCCCUGGCAUUUCUGAGAUGUACUUUCAAAAUAUAUUUAUCAUUUAUCUAACUCUUAGCAAUGUCUAAUUAAGCCAACUAUUACUUAUAUACAUUUAAAUUACUCCUAGUGAAAGCAGCAUGUGGGGAGUCCUCUGGUAGAAAUAGUCUGCAGGUUAUAUGUAGUGUUUAAAAAUUGCUCUUAGCUAACUAAGAUGGAGUCAUUUUCCCAUGCAGUGAUCUUGUGAUGUGUAUAAGGCAGUCUGUGCUCCUCCAUUCAUUUCCUUCAUCCUGAAGAUGAGGACUGUGUUCCAGGCAAAUGUAAUGUGAAGGAAUUGGUUCUGGAAGAGGAACACCAGGCCGGUUUUUCAAGGUCCAGCUAGGUUUGUGUUAUAAUCUAAUUGGAAAAUUGAGCACAGGAAGUUACACUGGUUUUCCCUUGCCUUCUUCCCCUUUAUCAUAUAAAGAGCAGGGCUGAAGGGUCAUGCUCUGAAAUAAGGGAGGACUAUCCUGAGAUAUGCAUCAUCUGACUUUUUGAUUAGAAAUCAGUUUUCCAUUGUCUUCCUAUAUGAUUAAUUCAUUGCCAUUUAUUUCUAGUAGUCAUCAGUUAAGCCUCACUUGACAUGAAGUUUCUUAGUUUUGAACAUCUACAUUUUUGUGGUUUAGUUUUUAUGGAUACAAGAUUUUAUCAGGUCAGCAGCCACCUUCCUGGUUUUAGUAGAGUAUGACACCUUUGUAGUUCAGAUGACAGCGUGUUUUCACUUGUAAAGCUCGCAUUAGAGCUGAAGCAUAAGCAUAGCAUCAGUUAAACAUAGACUCUAGUUCAAGAAUAAUAAUUCAAUUUGGGGUCGAAGGCAUAUCUGCUUGUCUGAGAACAUCUGUGUCACUCAGACAGAAGCAGAAGAGAAACUUUGCAGGCAGAAGACAUACAUUGCUUCCGGGUCUCUCACCCUUGUUCACCCAGGACAAGCUGCUGGUAAACCCUGAGAUUAGCAGGGCUCCUUACCCACUUUCGACAUAUGCCAUCAUCAUACCAUCCAGAGGACUCUAGCAAACCACGUAAAAUAAUUCUCAUAUAUUACAGAGGUACUUUGUCGCUGCAUCUCCUUUCAGGCUCCUUUUCCAUCCUUCAAACUUAAGGGACUGACAUCCGAGGUCAUUCUCAUUCUGUAUCUCCAGUGGGCAUCUUAGAGCAGUUGGCUCAUUGCAUGUGGAGAGAAUGUCAAUAAAUACUUGAAUCUGCAUGGCAGUUUGCUGACUUGUAUGCAAGAGCAAGGAAUGCAGCAAGUUAUUUGUACAUACAGUAUGUUUCCUGAGGUCUUGAGGGUGCAUCCUUUGUAAUUUAUAUGUAUAUCUGUUGUAUUAAAGUAUUUGGAGAAAUACUUGUAUAGAUAGUGUGUCACAUGUCAAAGGAAAUGCUUUUGUCACUUGCCAAUGUUGUAUUUGUGGGUAUUUAUAGUUGUAUGUAUGUAUGUGCAUCAAUGUGUAGGUUGUGUAUCAGUAUAUGGUAUAUGUAUGUUGAAAUUACUUUUGUCUUUAAAAACCAGUAUAAUAUGAACAGAAAGUUUAAAACCCUCAUAGGAAUGAUUAUAUAGUGCAGCUGUUCAGAGUUCCUAUAGUGGUAUCGUUUUAUUAAACUUAAAUUCAAAUGAUAUUUUGAUUACAUUUUUUAAUAAGACUUUACAAUAGAAAUUCCAUCUUUAAGCUUUGAAUUACCAGGGCAAAAAUGACUUUGAACUAAACUUGUGAAUCUAUUGAAGUGUACAGUGUGCAAUACAAUGAGAAGUCAUUAUAAUUUGGGAACUACAGAAGAAGUUGGCCGGGAAAGCCAGCCUGUGCAGUCUUAGCAACUUUAGUAUUAAGAGCACUUAAACAUAAAGUUGAGCUGAUAACUUAGGGCUUAUUACAAAGUGUGAUGCUUUCAAGCUCACGUUCUUUAUUGUUGUAAUUAGUCCAGAAAAAUACAUAGCUUUCAGAAGAACUAAGUAAGUACCCAGUGUAUCUUUUAUGUGCUGGUGUAUACUUUAGAGUAGAUCACUCUCCUGGUGCCACACCCUUACCCUCUUUGUUAUAAAGGAAUAUUACAGAUACUGAUGUCUAUCAGGGCAUCCCAAGAUCGGGUACUGUAUUCCAGGUUCACAAUUGCACAAAUUAACAGCUAGUGCCGCUGGUAAAAAAAGACUUUGGGAACAGGUUAAACUUUAUUUAAUAUUUUUAUACUUUGGUCUCUUUUUCCUGACUCUCCCCAAAGAAGAGCCACUGGCCUUAGUUGUUUGACAUUAUUGCUUAUAUUAUAGAGUGUAAAUAGUAAUUAAAAGUUUUAUUAACCAGCAUGUUUGGUAUAUUUAAAGCAGCGACUGGGUGUGUGGUUGGGUGCAGUGUCUGUUUGAACACACUGCCUCAUGUCUUCAUGUCUAAGUCGGAGAAUUGGAAUUGUGAGGCCUGAGACCCAGCUUCAGCUCCAGGCUGUGGUCCCACAUUGCCAGUUACACCUGAGUUUUGUUUCCUUAUUUAUUCUUUAGUCUCAGACUAUUUUUACAAAUAUAUUUCCCAAUUCGUUCUUUAUGUGUGGUGGACUGGUUGUGUGGCUAAUCAGCAGAGCUUCUGCAAGAAUAUUUCCUUCUAAGAAUUAUCUAUGAUUUGCAGAAAACAGCCAUUUGAUUCAGAAAUUGAGUAGUAGAUAUAAGGUAUAUUUUAGGUCAUAGUUACUUGAAAAGUUUGGAUUUUAAUAUAAAGCCAUGGAAGUUGUAAAGCCAAGUAACCAUUUGACAUGGAUGAUAAUAUUCAUUCUAGAGAGUACAUAUGCACAUUGAAUUUUUAUGUCAUUAAGAUACUUUUUUAAGCUUUAGAAAUAAGUAAUUAGACCAAAUUGAAGUGGAGGGGUGAGCUGGCUGUAUUCCACUUGGGGUAGUCACGUAUGUGUUAAAUCUUCUAAGAGAUCCAAAACCAGUUAACUGUCACCUUAAAUGUUUAAUGAGAAAAUUGAUAUGCAUAGGGCCUCAUCUGUGUACACAUACUUACACACACACACACACACACACAGAGAGAGAGAGAGAGAGAGAGAGAGAGAGAGAGAGAGAGAGAGAGAAGGGGGGAGAGAGAGUUGAAAACUAUACAAAUGUCUGACCUUAAGACACUGAGGGCCAGAAUAUUCUGAAGAGGCGAUGCAUGGAAGCGGUAGAAACUGUAUCACAGAUGUAUUCCAAGAACCAGGGAAGAACGAUGGUGUGCUCGUUUCUGACUCUAAGAGGCAUCACAUUUUUUACAGAGAAAUGGGGGUGGGGACACUUGCCAUGUCCUUCCUGGUGGACACCAACUUGAAGUCAUUGUACUCAGUGACUCUCCAGCAACCCCCAUAGCACACUGCAGACCAUUCCUUUCAGGGGGAGUGUGAAUGGAGAAUGCAUAUUACCUUCUGAACUCCAGGUGUAGAACGCCUGCCCUGGCUGCCCAGCUGUAGGUGAAAGAGCUUGCACUGGAGUAUGCUGAAUGGGCGAGCACUUAUCCUUAGGCCAGGAUCUUUGGGAUGAAUAUAGACAGGAACCCAAUAUAAUGCACUUUUGUAGGGGGAGUUCAGCUCUCACUAGCAGUAGCAUGAAAAAAGCACCUUGACUUCAAUUCCUGAAAGCACUGGUGAAUGGGGAGAACUUUGGAGUUUCACUUGGUGUUUCCCCCACAAUCUACAUGAGUCUUUGGACACACCUACAAGUCCCAACCACAGGAUCAAUGAAGGAUCACACAGCAGGUCUGAGGCUCACUGCUCUGAGCCCUUAGCCCAGGGCAGUGGAGAGCAGGGUGAUGAUCCCUCUCUGUAGCUUCUCCUUGGCCUUCCACUUGGGCUUCUGCUCAGCAGCAGGUAUAUGCUGGGUUCCAGUUUCAUUAGGAAUCCAGCAGUCCCAGUGGCUUGACCCUGCUUAGGCAAGAUAUCAGCCCUGAGAGUGACUCACUCAUGGAGGAAGACACAUCAGGGUCACGGGAUCCUCAGUUUGAAGCUAAGACCACAUUGUGUCUCUUCUAGAAACAAAUGGACCCAUUGACUUCUGUUCAGUCAGAUGAUAUCUUUCCUUUUGCUCCCGGCUUUCCAGAAAUGGACAGUGUUUCAUUCUGUGGGAAGGGUCAAGAGAUAUAAAAUUGCUCACAACAGUGCUCUGUUCACAUGAGGGUUGUUGAGCAAAGGCCGACAUGCCUCCCUGCAUUCUCUUCUACCUCAAGUUUUUGGAAUUCACACCUGGAACAGAAAAUUACACAAGAACCCAUGUUGUCAGCUUUGAUUACUAUGGGAUGCACUUAAGGGUGGCAGUUUGUAUCUUUUAAGAUAAACAGGAGCGGGGUUCUUGCAGACUAUUAGCUGAUUUAUAUUUACCGAGGCUCCAACUGAUUGGCGAUUCAUAACAUUCCUUUACCUUCAAAGUUUUCUCCACCAGUCCUUUUGCGUCACCACAGUCCCGGCAAAUAGUGAAAGUAAUUAGUGACAAAAUAGCCUCCCCCCUUUCAGUGGCCAAACUGUCAGCUUUAGCAGACGUGGGAAAGCUAGUGGUAUCACAUUAUAUACAGAAAACCUGUUCCUUAUCACCCACCAGACUCAAGAAAUGCCAUCUCCAAAUUGUGGCGUUCAAGGUGGUAGUCAUUUGAAUGGAACAGUAAUCUAUGUGGAUAUUGUUAAAGUGUUUAAAGAAUAUUUUGAAAAUUAAGUUUACAUUUUACAAUUGCUUUAUUUUUAUUGAAAUAAUUGUAUAUAAAUAUUACCCUAUUUCACUGUCAUUAAAGUAAACCUAGACCUUGUAGACAAGUGGGUCAGCUGAUAUAUACAUAGAAGCUGUGAUAUAUAUAUAUAUAAUACAUUUCUCUAUUGUAUAAAUGGUCAUGAAUAGAACUGUCCCUGUGUUUUUAUAAGUUGAAGGGUAUUUUGUUGUUUUUAUGACAACAAAAUUUAUUGCAUUUGAAAUGGUUUUUAUGUAACAGAAAUCAUGCAAACAGUGAAGGAUUCUAUUAUGGUAUAUGUAAAUGUGCAAACUUUAGAAAGAAAUAAACACAACAAAGUUCGGUCA